AGUCUUUUUUACAUAAACUUCAUCCAUGUCAAUCCAACUAGAUUUAGAAGACAAUAUUGCUUUUGAACGCCCCUUGACACGCAUUGUGAAACAACAUGUCCGUAUUGACAAUCCUCAUGGACAAGCUGUUGCUUUCAAGGUCAAAACAACAGCACCCAAAUUAUACUGUGUCCGUCCUAACUCGGAUAUUAUUCCACCUCAUGGAUCUAUCCAAGUUCAAAUUAUGCUUCAGGCCUUUAAAGAAGAACCACCUCUUGAUGUAAAAUGUAGAGAUAAAUUUCUAAUCCUGAGUACCUUUUUAAAUGAAGUGACUGAAAACAUGAAUUUGCAGGAACUUUGGUCCCAUGUGGAAGAAAAGGAAAAGUCAAGUAUUCAUCAACGCAAAUUACGUUGUCUUUAUGUCAAUCCUGCCGAGCAGGUGACUGUUACAAAACCAACACAACCCAAGCAAGUCGUUGAACCAACCCAGCAUGAAGAAGAAGAUGUUGAACAAAAAAUGAAGCGUAUGGAAGAAGAACUUGAUAAAUAUAAAAAACAAGUUGAAGAGUUACGUGAGGUUGAACCUAUGCUUGAAAAGCAAGUCAAGACAAGUGGGUAUCCUAUCAGUCUUUUUAUCUUGAUGGCUUUGUUUAUUGCUGCUGUUGCUUACUUUGUCCAUAACAAUAAAUAAACUUACGAGUCACUUUUUUUUUUUA